AUGAAGGAUCUUGGUCAUCUAAAGUAUUUCUUGGGAAUAGAAGUACUUAGAUCAAAGCAAGGGAUCUUUAUCAACCAAAGGAAGUAUGUGCUGGAUAUCUUGGCGGAAACUGGAAUGGUUGAUUGCAAACCAGUGGACACUCCAAUGGUCCAGAAUCACGGACUACAAAUCCGUGAAGGAGCUAAGUUAGCUGAUCGAGGGAGGUAUCAAAGGUUAGUUGAUUGGACAGGAAAUCCAAAUGACAGAAAGUCGACUGCGGGAUAUUUCACCUUUGUAGGAGGUAACUUGGUAACAUGGAGGAGCAAGAAACAAAAGGUAGUGGCCCUGUCGAGUGCCGAAGCAGAAUUUCGAGGGAUUAAGAGUGGAUUGACAGAGGUCUUAUGGCUCAAGAGAUUGAUGACAGAACUCGAACUCAAAUCUACACAACCAUGUAGACUAUUAUGUGAUAACAAGGCAGCCAUUAGUAUCUCGGAAAAUCCAGUUCAACAUGACCGUACUAAACAUGUGGAGGUAGACCGGCACUUUAUAAAGGAUAUCAUUGAUGCAAAGAUAGUAGAGUUGCCCUAUGUCAAGUCAGAGGAUCAACUGGCAGACAUCUUGACCAAAGCAGUUAAUUCAAAUUCUUUUCGAAGUGUAUUGGACAAGUUAAACAUUGGUGAUCCCAUCACUUAA